AUGAAUCAAACACCACAAUCAGCGGCUAAUCGUGUUUACCAAGAUUUUGACCCCUUUUUCGAAUGGGCAGAAGACGAAGGAAGUGCCACGCUCAUUGUAAUGCUACCAGGAUUCAUAAGGGAUCAAUUGAGGGUUCAAGUGACCUCAACUCCUGUCCUAAGGAUCAAUGGUGAACGACAGGUCUCUGAGAAUAUAUGGCGUCGUUUUGCUAAAGAAUUCUCGAUUCCUCCAUAUUGUGACGCCAAUGAAGUCAGUGCUAAGUUUGAGCGUGGCAUGCUGUCCAUCAAAUUUCCCAAGCUUAUUAUGCCACAGGAAGCAACAAAUCCACCAGAAUUAGAAGAGGUUGAUCAGCAAGAACAACAGUCACCACAGAAAGAGAAAGAACCAACUAGUGUUGAGCCUGAGGCACCACCUCAAAAGACAGAUCAACAAGAGUCACCACAGAAAGAGAAAGAACCAAUUAGUUAUGAAAAAGAAAAGAAUAAAGUAGAAAAUGUAGCACCUGACCAAGUUGCUCAGAAGAAGGUUAGGACUAAUGGGGUAUCAGAGACAGCAGAAAUAACAACCUCUAAAACACAAGAAAAGCAAAAAGCAAAGAUAACUCAAAGAUUGAAAACAAGAGUUUUAGAUUUCACUCUCAGUUUGAGAACAGCAGAUGAUCAGGAUGGUAACACUAAGACAGGGCUUAAAAGGCCCAAGACAACGUUGAACAUUAUUGUGGCCAUCUUAUUAGUUAUGGUUCUAGGUGUGUAUGUCAAAAAUGCAUUCAGGUCAUCUCAGGGGGGAUCAAAAUUCCAGGAAUUUUAA